AUGUUCUCCCAGGUGAAGCGAAAAUCAUUCUUCUACUACCUGCCUGAUUCCUUUCCCAUAAGGUUUGCUUUCCCUAUGAUGCGAGGAACAUGGUUUCUUCAUGUGGAAGUUAAGCAUUUAAAAUGCUUGUGUAUUCCGUGUUCACCCUGUGAUGAAGAAGUUCUUUCAAAACAUAAGGACUUAGUGACCUGCAAAGGUGGCAAGGCAAGAUGUAACAGUGAGGAAAAGAAAGUGAAAGGGUUCCAACCCAAUGCAUGUUUAGUAGAAGAGCAUGAAACCACUAAUCUUGAUUCAAAGAAGCAGGAGGAAAAUGGAAUUUCUCAUGAAAAUGAUGCUCAAAAUGCAGCCACUGGUAUGGCUAAGAGUUCAUAUGCAAUGCCAGAGAAUAAAGUUGAAAAUUUGGUUGAGUUGCAUGCUAACUCGAUGCAAGGCAGUCAUAGUAAGAUGUCAACACAAGUGAUAUCUGUCACAGGUAUAAUCAAUAAAUAUUUUACAAGUUUCAAUGGCAUUGACAAUUUUAGCAGCUCUUCAAACUCAGAUCUUACCUCUAGAGCUGUUCAUAGUGAGAUUGAAGUUCAUUCAAGCAGCAAAGAACAUGGUUGCUUGAAGAUAAAAAGAAAUUCCUUGCCACAGUUCACUCCCAAAACAUCUCCACAUGUCUUGCAUGCUCCAUUGCACGAUGACUUGGUAUCCAAAAAACCAGGAAGCAAAAGUAGAAAAUUGAAAGCUAGAAAACAUCCUUUAUCAGGGAGCAAAAAUAAAAAAUCGAAAAUUGGGACACGUCUUCUUUCAGCUUCAAGGAGUCUUGGGGUUUCUAUCACCAACCAUGACCAUACACUUCCUUUCCGAAUAUGUAGAGAUAAAAAACUACUGCAGGGAAAAUCUCAAAUGAUGGGUUCAAUAUUUUCUAUCUGUGACACUGAUGAUGAUUGA